AUGAGAAAAUGAAAUUCUUAGGAUAUAGUAUAAUAAUAAUAAUAUUAUAAUAAUCUUAACAUAAAUUUCCCUGUUUUGUCUUUUAUGAAAUUUCCGUACUAGUCCCAACUUUUAUGGCUUCUCUCUCUCUCUUUUCUCUUAAUUUGGUCCAAAAGCAUUAAUCUUCCAUUCAUAUAAUCUCUCCUUCUAGUCUUCGCCAUCAAUCUACAGCUAAUCCUAUCGUCCACCAACCUCUCUCUAUAAAGAUUUCCUUUUUACCUUUUUCUGCACGGCCCCCGGUUAUGCAAUUAGGCGAAACAAGAUCUCUGAAAUCAAGAAGAAAAUAAAAAUCUGAUCUUUUUUCUUUUUUCUGUGCUGAAAAUUGAAAUUAGGCAUCUGGGUUUUCUUUGGAAUUACAAUGGGGUGGAGAUAUAGGGCUGGUCUGAUGUUAAUUGCUGCCGUUGUCAUUAUUUGGGUCACAUCCGCAGAGGUUACUCAGGGGAUUUUCGUAGACUAUAAGCAACCGUUUGCAGUGACAUAUCUUGGAGCUUCUUUGAUGGUUAUUUACCUGCCAAUAGCAUUUAUUAAAGAUUGUAUUUAUAAUUUCCUGAAGAGACGCUCCAGAAAAGGUGCAAUUGAUGACCCGUGUGGACUCGGUUCUCCUUUAAAGUACAUUGAAAUGGAACUCCAAGGAUCUCUCAACAGAAAAGACAGUGAAGCAAACCUUACCGAACAUGAAGAAACAAACCCUUUAGUUUCCGAAAACGGAGAUGCCUCUAGAAAAUCUGAAAAACCAGUCACAACUAAAGAAAUCGCUACAUACGGAUUUUAUGUCGCCCCUCUUUGGUUUGUCACUGAGUAUUUGUCAAAUGCUGCACUCGCACGUACAAGUGUUGCAAGCACCACAGUUUUAUCAUCUACAUCAGGAUUGUUCACUCUCUUUAUCGGGGCAUUUUUGGGGCAAGAUUCCUUAAAUGUAGCAAAGGUAGUUGCUGUGUUUGUGAGCAUGGCCGGUGUGGCCAUGACAACUUUAGGAACAACUUGGGCCACUGAUGAAACAGAACUAAGUAAUUCUUCAAAUAGCGAACGGACUCUUGUAGGGGAUCUUUUUGGCAUUAUGUCAGCUAUGUCAUAUGGCUUAUUCACAGUACUUCUUAAGAAGUUUUCGGGUGAGGAAGGAGAGAGGGUUGAUGUGCAGAAGCUGUUUGGUUAUAUUGGACUAUUUACGCUCGUGGCACUAUGGUGGCUUAUAUGGCCAUUGACAGCUUCGGGUAUAGAGCCCAAGUUUACAGUUCCUCAUUCUGCAAAGUUGGAUGAAGUUGUAAUUGCUAAUGGAUUUGUUGGGAGUGUUCUUUCUGACUAUUUCUGGGCAUUGAGUGUGGUGUGGACAACACCGCUGGUGGCAACACUUGGCAUGUCGCUGACAAUUCCUAUUGCGAUGGUGGCUGAUAUGUUGAUCCACGGCCGACAUUACUCCGCCGUUUAUAUUCUUGGCUCGGUUCAGGUGUUUGUUGGAUUUGUGAUAGCCAAUAUUUCAGAUAGGUUUUCGAAGAAAAUGGGUUGUUUAUAGCACAGAGCAACAAAUAGCGUACACGUGAUUAGAAGAAUAUUCCACCUCCUUCGAUGCGGGCUGUUGGAAUCUCUGGGUAGCGAGAUAGAAGAUGAAGCAGUGUGUAAAAUGUAUUUGAUAUAACUAGCUGUAGUACAAAGACUGCAAUUGGAACACACAGCAGCAGUUUUUUUCUUUUUUCUUUUUUCUUUUUAUAUUUAAAUAUUUGAGAUAUAGUUAGUUUAGAUCUUAUUUAUAUUCCAUAAGCUGAUACUAUUUUUGUUUCCAUGAUGUAUUAUUUUGAUUUUUGUUUCGUCCAUGAUUCAUGUUCAUGUAAGAAUCUUUAUUUUUCUUGUUUUUUUUAGCAAGAAUGAGCCCCUAUUUAUUUA